UGUUGCUCGUUGAUUUCUUCACUUUUUUUUUAGAAAGAAAUCCAGCCAGUUUGGGUUAAAAUGAUCACUCAUCAUCUGUCCAACUGUCAGUCGUUUCAGUUGAGAAAAGUUAUCAAAGAAUAUUUUGAGUCUCUUUGUAGAAUAAACUCACACUGCUCUGACCCCGCCCCUCAUGUUUCUAACCCCGCCCCGCCCCUCUGGCCCCGCCCCCUGUGUGUCCGCAGUAUUCUGAAGGAUUUUAACGCCUGUCAGGUUCAGGGCUGCCGCUGCCGUCAGGAGCCGCGCUCCUCGCAGUUCAGCGAAGUUCUUCACGUUCACAACUGGAGUGUUUCGUACGCGCCCGACCCGCAGAACGUCCGCUGGGAGCACCUGUCGCUGGGCGGGAUCUCCUGGUGGAUCCGCUGCUUCAUCAUCAACUGCAUCCUCUUCCUCCUGCUCUUCUUCCUCACCACGCCCGCCAUCAUCAUCUCCACCAUGGACAAGUUCAACGUCACCAAGCCCGUCGAGUAUCUCAACAAUCCCAUCGUCACGCAGUUCUUCCCCACUCUGCUGCUGUGGGCGUUCUCCGCUCUGCUCCCCACCAUCGUCUACUACUCCGCCUUCUUCGAGGCUCACUGGACCAGGUCUGGGGAGAACAGGACGACGAUGCACAAGUGUUACACCUUCCUGAUCUUCAUGGUCCUGCUGCUGCCGUCUCUCGGACUCAGCAGUCUGGAUGUCUUCUUCCGCUGGCUGUUUGAUAAGAAGUUUCUGGCUGACGCCAAAGUCAGAUUUGAGUGUGUCUUCCUGCCGGAUAAUGGAGCGUUCUUCGUCAACUACGUCAUCGCCUCGGCGUUCAUCGGGAACGCCAUGGACCUGCUGAGGAUCCCUGGACUGCUCAUGUACAUGAUCCGGCUGUGCCUCGCCCGCUCCGCCGCCGACCGCCGCAACGUCAAGAGGCACCAGGCCUAUGAGUUCCAGUUCGGGGCGGCGUACGCGUGGAUGAUGAACGUCUUCACGGUGGUGAUGGCCUACAGCAUCACGUGUCCCAUCAUCGUCCCCUUCGGUCUCAUGUACAUGCUGCUGAAACACCUGGUGGACCGCUACAACAUGUACUACGCCUACCUGCCCUCCAAAUUGGACAAGAAGAUCCACUCGGGCGCCGUCACCCAGGUGGUGGCGGCGCCGAUCCUCUGCCUCUUCUGGCUGCUCUUCUUCUCCACCGUACGCACAGGUUUCGAGACGCCGACCUCCAUGUUCACGCUGGUGGUGCUGAUCGUCACCAUCGUGGUCUGUCUGUCUCACGUCUGCUUCGGACACUUCAAGUACCUCAGCGCUCACAACUACAAGAUUGACACCAAGGAGACCGACGUGGACGCUGUUGAGAACGGACGUCCAGCUCGUCCCUCGUCCUCCCCCACCACCAAGUCUCAGCAGCAGCAGCAGCAGCAGCAGCAGCAGCAGCAGAUGUACAUCGCCCAGGUGCUCCAGGACCCAAACUCGGACGAGCCGGGCGGUGGCAGCGGCGAGGAGGACCGAGGGUCGUCCCAGGACGAGGAGAUGCUGAACGGAGGGAACAGCAUCAACGAGGCGGAUUUUCAGUCAGGGGAGGACAGUCUGAUAGCCAACGAGGUCCACCAGUAGCUGGGGGUGGAGCUAGAGGGAGGGGCGGAGCUAGUCGAGGGUCCACACAACAGUUAGAAAUAAAGCUGACUGGAAAAUCACAACACACGCCAUCACACAUACAGAAAGACGGACACGGUUAGCUCCUCCCCCUCCCGGCUCGCAGACUUGACCCUGACCUUUGACGCCGGCGCCGGGUCGCCAACAUCCAGUCCUGCACGUCUGUGGACACCUGACGGACAUCGAACUGUCUCCACAGGAAGUCACUGUACAUAAACCACAAAGCCAAAAGUUUUUGUUUUUUUUCUCGGGGUUGGGGGCGGGGUUUAACAAUUCGUGCCUGGGCUGGAUUUAGUUUGUUCGCACUUGUGUCUUGAUCCUACCGCGGGUCGCCGGGACUCGACCCGUCGAGGGGUCAAAGCUGACGCUGUUUUUCUCUGCGGCCUGGUGGAUGCCUCCAAAUGAACCCCCCGCCGUCACCGCCGUCCUCUGACAUCCGAGUGCUCUAUAAUUCGCCAACCGCCAGCUCUCGUAGUGAUAGACGCCUCGCUUACGCAGACGCAUCGCAGUCUCCUUCCUGUUCGCUGUUUUUCUUUCUGUUCGUGGAAGCUGUGCGUCUGAAUCACCUGAAGUUUGUGGGUUUUCUGACCUGCCGAGAUUUCGCUGCAUGUCGUUUAAAGUCUGGAUUAACGAUGUCGCCAACUGCAGACGAUGUCAUCCAUCGCCAGAUUGUGGCGGCCAAUGAACUCGCCAGAUUUCCACCCCGAUCUCAGCAGCCUGAAGCGGCAGACUCGACACGGGAAUCACUUUUUUUUCUGGUUCUGAUUUCACCCGGACGACCUUAAAUCAGCUGACGGAGGGAGCGGGGAGGUUUGUGUCCGUGUGGCUUCAACAGUCGGAUUCUUUUCUCUCGUCGGCGGACAACUUUGUGACGGCAGCCGCAGUUUGAGCUUCGGGAGACGCAGAAGAGCAGCGCUUUUCAGACGUCUACCUGCCGCAACCGAAGCUGUCGGGACUCUCAAGGGAAAAUGUUCUCUGUUUGUGUGUGUGUUUGUGUGUGUGUGUGUGUGUGUGUGUGUGUGUGUGUCCAGUAGCUUAUUGUACGCCAACCUGCACCACGAAGGGUUCAAUGUCAUCACCAGGUCACCACGACGACGAUCAGUCUUCAGUUUGUUUUCCUGCUGCAGCUGAAGCUCAAACAUUUGAAACGAUGAAUCUGAUGUUUAGGAAUCCGUGUGAACGUCUGAACACGAACGCCGAAGGAACUGAGCGAAAACGCUCGGCGAGCUCCCGCACAACAGAGAAAAAACGACACCUUUAUUUGUCUGAUUUCAACGCUGUCAGUAAAGUUUUCAGAUUACAGAGUUUCCACUGAUCCUUAAAAAAGUCUAAAAAUGCAUAAAGUCAUUCAUCUAAAAAUAAUAGAGUUUUAUUUUAUUGGUAUUAAAAUUAUUCUUUCAAAAGUCGUAAAGAUGCUCAGAGCUGCACAAAGUUUUUCAAACUCAACACGAUAAGAUUAAAAGCAGUGAAACUCAUCAUGCAGAGAAACAAAGAAAAAACACUUUCUGCUUGGACGGGUCUUCAGACGACACCGUGUGAACUUCCUGCUUCCUGUCUGUGUGCUAAGCUAACCGAAGCUAACGUCCGUUUUCACAUCGACAUUUUUAUUAGAAUUUGAAAAGUUUCAGCUUCUUAAGAUUUCACUGAAAAGUGAAAACGAGCUUCAGCUUCAGUGCAGACGAUGAAGUUCAGUCAUCUCUUUCCCAUGAUCCUCCUGGUGUCUGAUGAUGCGUGCCAGCGGGGGCGGGGCUGAACUCUGAUUGGAGGAAAAACGGCGGCAACUUCCACUUUAUUCUUUUUCAAAUUUAUUCUCUCGAAACUUUAUGUCAAAGACACUAAAUCGCUGGAGCGCUCCUCUGAGACGCUUUAAACCUCCGUGGGUGUUUCCGUGUUUUAAGAUAUUUUGGCGUCACCGGGGGCGACGCGGCUCUGACCCGCCCCCUGCUGGACAAACUCAGUCGUCCUCCGUUUGUCAAAAAGUGAAACUGAAAAGAACAAAAGCGCUCGCGUUGCAGAGAAAAAGCGAGGAGGAUUUUUGGGCUCCAUGGAAGGAAAAGACGUCACUGUCUCACCGCUGUUAUGUGUUUCCAUGGUAACAGGAGCAGGAAGUGAUUCAGAUAAAAAAAGGAUGUUCUGGUGCAGCGACGUGACGAUGACGAAAUAGUCUCAGGUGUUUGUUUUCCUAAAAUAAUGUUUACAUCAGUUUUUGUUGCUCGUUUUGAUUUUUGUCAUGUUGUGCAGAGUGUGUGUGCGUGUGUGUGUGCGUGUGCGUGCUUGCAUGUGUGCGUGCGCGUGUGUGUGGACACAGAGCUGGACUAUGAAAGCUGCAGUCGUUGGGCCGUCAUCGCAGCGAGUCGGCGGCUGUUCGGUCGGCGGCUGCACGCCGGAGAACCUGCAGCGUUUGUGUUCACGUGACGUUUUUUUGAAUUUGACCUCCAGCAGGGCGUCUGCUGUCCGCCGCUCCGGCCGUGAUUGUACGCACAUGAAACUGAACGAGGUCGCAGGUUCAGCUCAGCCGCUCUCGACCCGACAAAGAAAACGAAGCUCGUUUUUAGUUUCCAGAAAAGCAAGUUCACGGUGGAGUCUGGUCUCCAGACGCAGAGACGUCCUGACAGGAAGCGGAGAACUUGUUUUCUGAUGUGUUUGAAACUGAGUUUUCAGUCGCUCGACGGCUGAACCUGAAGGAGAGCGAGGAGAUAAAUAUGAGCCACGUUUGUCGUCAGCAGGAAGCACGGCGACUUUAAAUCUGAGUUUUGUCUCUCAGCGGUUUCACGUCACAAACAACUAAAACGACAGCAGGCGAGUUUCCAUCACAGAGAUUUAGUAAAUGUGCUAAAACUUAACGUAGAGCUGACUGUGUUUUCGCUGAGCGAUGUCAUGUGACUUCUCCUGUGGUGAUAACGUCCCAGUAACCAUGGCAACGGAUGUUCAAAACAUUAGCAGCUUUA